AUGACGGACGCAGAGAAGGCAGCUACCCAGCCCUCGACGGCAGCAGAGACAGCAGCGGAGAGACUUACAUCUACCGGCGAAGGUGGAGCUUCAGCAGUGGAAACCUACCCGCCCGCCGUGUCGUCGUACUACUUUGGCCCUCCGGAUGCGAGUCGAGCGUUCGGACAGCCGGUGACGGGCAAGCCUGGCGUGCACGUGCCUAAGGAGAUCGUAAGGAUCGAGCGGGACUACUCGUCGGGCGAGCUGCCGCAGUUCCAUUCCUCCUUCCCGCUGGAACUCGAAGGUCGUAUCUCACCAACGACAUUCUCGGAACUCAUCAACGACAUCAACGCGCUGCUCAUCAGAGCACACAACCCCACGCGCACCUGGAUCGACAACUCGCUCGCCAUCCUCACGCUCUACCUCUCGACGCUCGUCGUACGCAGCCAUUACCAACGUACGAUGGCGGAGCUCCAACAGCUGAUCCAGCGGCUCAACGCCGAGGUGCUGCAUCCGGUCGGACUGAGCUUGGUGGACCCCCACAAGUCGGCGUUUUUGUAUAUCGAGUUGGAGUACUUCUAG